UUUGAAAGGGACACCCAAGUUAGCGUUGCUUGCUUCACGCUGCCAUUUAAAGCAGAAAGUUAAAAUUGCAUUUAAUAAGAAGCAUAAUAAAAGGAGAUGUUUAAAACAUGUUGGGCUUAACGAUAAGAGAGGUGUCCUUGGCUCUCCGUGAAGGUAGAAUAUCUCCCAAAGAGCUCUGCCAAAAAUGCCUGAAGCUUAUAAAGAAAACAAAGUUCUUGAACAGCUACAUCACUGUAACUGAAGACCUGGCCCUGGAACAAGCUGAGGAAGCAGAGAUAAGAUUUCAGAGAGGUAAACCCUUGGGUCCUCUGGAUGGGAUUCCAGUAGCAGUGAAAGACAACUUCUCUACUGCUAAUAUCGAAACCACUUGUGCAUCUGUGAUGUUAAAAGGUUACAUUCCUCCUUUUAAUGCAACAGUAGUUCAGAAGCUGUUGGACCAAGGUGCUGUUCUCAUGGGCAAAACAAAUUUAGAUGAAUUUGCAAUGGGGUCUGGGAGCACCGACAGUAUAUUUGGGCCUGUGAGGAACCCCUGGAGUUACUCCACACAUUGCAGAGACAGGAGUGGGCAGACCCCAGGAGGUGGGACCUCAGACUCUGACUGGGCUGUGACAGGGGGUAGCUCGGGGGGGAGUGCGGCUGCCGUGGCCUCUUUAACAUGCUUUGCGUCCCUAGGCUCAGAUACGGGAGGAUCCACAAGGAAUCCUGCAGCAAACUGUGGGAUUGUUGGCUUGAAACCUACAUAUGGUCUACUUUCACGCCAUGGACUGAUCCCACUGGUGAACUCCUUGGAUGUACCAGGCAUAAUGACUAGGAGUGUUCAUGAUGCUGCCACUGUUCUAGGUGUUCUCCAAGGUCAUGAUCCAAAAGAUUCCACAACAGUAGACUACCCAAUCACGCCAAUCAACCUGCCUGAUGACAUAGAUGUCAGCAGUAUCUGUAUUGGUAUUCCAAGGGAAUACCAUGCUCCCGGCUUGUCCAGUGAGACGCUGUCCCACUGGAGCAGAACGGCAGAGCUGUUUGAGAAGGCGGGAGCUCGAGUCGUUGAGGUGUCCCUCCCUCACACUCAGCACUCCAUUGUGUGCUACCAUGUGCUUUGCAUGGCAGAAGUUGCGUCCAACAUGGCCCGGUUUGAUGGACUGGAGUACGGUUACCGUAGUGCCGUUGACAGCUCAACAGAGGCCAUGUACGCAGCAACCAGACAUGAAGGUUUCAAUGAUGUUGUGAGAAGAAGAGUUCUCUCGGGAAACUACUUUCUUUUAAAGCAGUAAGGGAUUUGAUUUUUUUGUGUGGUCACUGUGGAAAAUGAGAGGUCACAAAUUAAACUCAGACAUGUUUACCUUGAUGCAUACACUCUUAAACUUUCAAACCAGCGGGUGAACCUGCUGCUGACCCCCACUACUCUGACAGAAGCUAUACGCUACACUGAUUUUACCAAAGAAGACAACAGGACCCGCAGUGCACAGGAGGACAUCUUCACUCAGCCUGUUAACAUGGCAGGUCUUCCAGCUGUGACUGUGCCUGUUGCACUGGCAAGCACAAGGCUACCCAUCAGCCUCCAGCUCAUUGGACAGGCAUUUCAAGAGCAGAAGCUUCUCACUGUUGCCAACUGGUUAGAGCAGCAAGUGAAAUUUCCACUGAUCGAAUUGCCAGACAUGCAUGAGAACACUGAAAAGAGCUCAUCCUCCCUGGCUGUUUGAAGCCCUUAGUUCUCACUGGAAAUCAAAGGGCUGCUGCUGAACACAUCUAAACCAUGUGACAAAAAAGUGCUGUAUCUGACUUUCAGAUUCCUAAAUACGUGUAUAUAUAUAUACUUUUAUAAAAUGUGAACAAUAAAAAGUUCCGUAUGAAGUAAGAA